AUGCCCUUAAGACAAUCAUUACCAACGCUGCUGGUAAAGUAUCCUGUAAGCAUGGCUUCAAAAGCUCAACGGGUGGUGCAGGAUAAGGGAGGUGCAAGAGCCUUGGAGGUGGGCAGGGGAGGUGCAGAGCAGGGGAGGUGCAGAGCAGGGGAGGUGAAGAGCAGGGGAGGUGCAGAGCAGGGGAGGUGCAGAGCAGGGGAGGUGCAGAGCAGGGGAGGUGCAGAGCAGAGGAGGUGCAGAGCAGAGGAGGUGCAGAGCAGGGGAGGUGCAGAGCAGGGGAGGUGCAGAGCAGAGGAGGUGCAGAGCAGAGGAGGUGCAGAGCAGAGGAGGUGCAGAGCAGCGGAGGUGCAGAGCAGAGGAGGUGCAGAGCAGAGGAGGUGCAGAGCAGAGGAGGUGCAGAGCAGCGGAGGUGCAGAGCAGAGGAGGUGCAGAGCAGAGGAGGUGCAGAGCAGCGGAGGUGCAGAGCAGAGGAGGUGCAGAGCAGCGGAGGUGCAGAGCAGCGGAGGUGCAGAGCAGAGGAGGUGCAGAGCAGCGGAGGUGCAGAGCAGAGGAGGUGCAGAGCAGAGGAGGCGCAGAGCAGAGGAAGUGCAGAGCAGCGGAGGUGCAGAGCAGCGGAGGUGCAGAGCAGAGGAGGUGCAGAGCAGAGGAGGUGCAGAGCAGCGGAGGUGCAGAGCAGAGGAGGUGCAGAGCAGAGGAGGUGCAGAGCAGAGGAGGUGCAGAGCAGCGGAGGUGCAGAGCAGAGGAGGUGCAGAGCAGAGGAGGUGCAGAGCAGAGGAGGUGCAGAGCAGCGGAGAGGAAGCACACAUGGGGGGUAGAGAGCAAGAUUAG